UUUUGUUUUUGUAACUAACCUUCAUUUGUGGCGGUUUAUUUAACAGCUGAGUUUAACUGAGAACCGAGAUUUAUUUAAUUAAAAUAUUUUAAGGUAAAUAUGGAUAUUAAAUUAAUUCCUCAAUUUCAGGAAUGUCUCGGCAAGCUUUUCAAAAGCCCCACGACCAAUAAUAAUGUCAUCAAGUUUCAAGAUACGAUGUUAUAUAUUGUUCGUGAUGUGUCAUUGUUUGGCGAUUUGGAUAUUUUGCAGAACAUCUUUUCUUUUACUCUGCCGUUUAUUGUGGUUUGUCUCGGAAGAAAAGACAAUGCCACUGUGAAAACUCGUAACAACUCAUAUGAAAGCAAUCUAUCUGAUGUCCUUUCUCAGAAGAGUGAUAUUUCUGACGACAAUAAUAGUUUAUAUGAAGGUUCGCCUUUGGAAAUGAAAGAAUAUGCCGAUCUGAAUCGUGUCGUUGUCUCUCCUUUGAAAUCUGUGUAUGUAAAGAACCAAAGUUCGUUUCUUCCCAUUAGUCUUUCAUAUUCUAAACGUGUCUUGUCUGUUUUCUGCUCUCUUAUGUUGUCGCCCAAAUAUUCUGUUAGCAAAGAAGAACGGAUUCCGAUUUUGGUGUAUUGCAAUGGAGAAGAUUUGCUAAACACAGCAUUUGUUUAUGUCUCACCUGAAGUCGAUGUUGAUAGCAACAACAUGUUGUUGUACUCCAGAAUAACUGUUGCACAAACAACUAACAAUCUUUCCUCCAUUUCUUCCACUUCUGAUGCUUUUCCUGAAAACAUGCGCCAACUCCACAACAGAGCAGAAUAUCAUGUGUUUGACAGUAGUACUGCCUCGAAUAAUGAUCAAAGUGAAGAGACGAGUAAAAUAAUUCUCGAAGCAGAAUGGAAUAAAUCCAUGAAAUACUUGGAUAAACCUUCACCUGAAGCUAGGGUUACUGUCAAGGUUAAAAUUGUGCCUGGAGAUAAAACGGGACCAACUUAUAAAAAAUUCCAAGAGUUCUCAACUCUGCGAGGAUUUUUUGAGGGACUUUCUAAAGGUAAAGUCAAUUGGUUGAUGCCAGAAUCUGAAAGUACAUCUGUUAUUGACGAUUUGAAGAAUCUUUUUGAACACUUAAAGCUUGGUGAUGCUGACAUUGAUGAUAACUUCAAUGAAAAUGAGAAUAAUGAAGAAAUUCCUCACAAAAUACCUAUGUUUAAUCGAAAAGAUCAGGACUUUUCUGAUAGAGUUUGGAAUGUUUUAAUGAAUUGUCACAGCUAUGAAGAGCUUAUUGACUGUCUAAACUUCAUGUUUGAUGAACUACAGUGUAAAAACAUACAACCAUUGGUGCACAAGACUAACAAGACUCGUAUUGCUGAACUGGUGCGCAGCUCCUACAUGAACAGUAUGGACACCCCAGACAUGGAAGGUUAUGUACCAUUGAAGCUACUGAUUGAUAUAGGUGUUGAGAAACUAUGUAAUGACUACAUCAGUAUGUUGGUGUCCAACGAACUUGCAACACUUGACCAACUACAGUUCUACACUGACCGUGCCUGGAAUAUCCAAGAGAGAAUGUCACGAUUAGAAAAACUACACAUUGUUUAUGAGUUGGUCACCUUACUUGACGUAUAUCUUAAACUGCCUCACUCCACUUUGAGUUCUACAGCUUUGACUACAUUAAAGCAUUUCACCAGUAACCCACUAGAAAGUAAACAGACUUUUGAAUUUUCUGUUCCUGUUUCCUGUAUCAACAGUUUCCUGGACAAGUCCCAACCAUAUUUUUGGAAAACAAUAUUUGAAAAUGUGAAAGAUUCUUCCGAGCAGAUGACAAUCUCCUUCUUCAGUGUGUUACCAAUUGACCACGUUUCGGUGUCCAAUAACUAUCUUGAUGAGCCGAGUUACUACACUGUAAAAGUAGAACAACACAGCAUGUCCUUAUGAACAAUUUACUGUGUUUGGUUCACGUUAAGUGACCCUCCCCAACCUCUCAAUGACUUCUCAAUGUUCAAACUGAAAAUAAUUUUUCUCCUUUACCUACACACAAAAAGACUUUAAAGAAAUUAUAUUAUGCAUUUAAAGGAUCAUAUCUUUGGGAAUUCUACAAGAAACUUAAAUGUGUUAGUAAUACUAUUUAGAAAAGUAUUGUGUGAUUACAUGUAUCCCUCUACUCCAUCUUUUUCUUUCUCCAUUUGGAUGUGUGUGUCUUGUGCUAGAUCAUUUUCCACUUCAUCUCUAUAUUUUUCUUUAUUUGUGUGAAAAGAUAUCUAUGUUGAAGUAAGGAAUCCCUGUCCUCUGCUAACAUACCAUAGACCUAUGAAGCUGUUUUUAAAUAUGACAUUUGUGGUAAAUACUAUAUAAUAAACCUGUAAUUAAAUGAUUAUUGAA